UAGCAAUCGUUUGCUUGUUGUAGCUCGCUUCACACAACUAGCUUAGCAAUUCCUACGUAGCCGCUUAUUACAGCUUAUAACUCUUUACUUAAAGCGUUCGGUGGGACAUAAAAUGUUCCGUAGGAAGCUUACGGCUUUAGAUUAUCAUAAUCCUUCGGGCUUUGACUGCACAGAUGAAACUGAGUUCAGAAAUUUCAUUGUUUGGCUGGAAGAUCAGAAAAUCAGACAUUAUAAAAUUGAGGAUCGUGGAAACCUCAGGAACAUCUCAAGCUCCGAAUGGUCAAAGUCAUUUGAAAAGUAUCUACAAGACGUGAGCUGCCCGUUCGGCGCUCAGGAAAGGUGUGAGGCCAUCGACUGGCUGCUGGGACUCGCAGUUCGGUUUGAAUACGCUGACAAUGUGGACAAAUACAGAAACUGCACACCUGCAGCUGAGGUGAACAAUGCAACACAAAAACCUGCCGACCCGCUCAUUAAUCUAGACGUUAACAAUCCUGAUUUUAAGGCUGGAGUCAUGGCCUUGGCAAACCUUCUCAAAAUUCAGAGACACGAUGACUACCUGAUGAUGCUCAAGGCUGUUAGGAUCCUCGUCCAAGAACGCUUGAGUCCUGAAGCCAUCGCUAAAGCCAGCAAGUCCAAAGAGGGUUUGCCAGUCGCUUUGGACAAACAUAUCCUAGGCUUCGACACUGGAGACGCCACUCUGAACGAAGCAGCUCGUAUCCUCCGGCUCCUGCACAUCGAGGAGCUGCGUGAGCUCCAGACAAGAAUCAACGAGGCCAUCGUCGCCGUGCAGGCCAUCAUCGCCGACCCAAAGACCGAUCACCGCCUGGGAAAAGUGGGAAGAUGAUCACGCACUCCGUGGGCAGUGUGUAUUGGAAUGGGACGAUUGGUAUAUAAGUGUGUGCCAUGAUUGUGGACAUAGUCAAGGGUUUUGGUUGGGUUUUUUUUUUUUUUUUUGCAUUUUGCUGUAGGCCUAAAAAAAACGUGGAGAAAUUAUGAGUUGCACCAUUACAUUAAUAGUUUGUUCACUUCUUCAAAGCACUGUGUUCCAUGUAACCGAUCAAUUUCUUUACAAAUCAAGAAGAGGCUUUCGGACAGCAAGUUCUUGUGUGCGUGUGAUUUUUUGAGACUUGCGUUUUCUUUCAAGGGGGAAAAAAAACAUUCACCUGCAAAGGCAUGUAUGCAAACAUAUAAAUGACAUUAAUGCCGUGA